CGAGCAUCCAGUCAGCGCCGGCAAUUCGUCCCCACGGGCCGCGACUCGCCGAAGCGGUGGGGGUGACGCAGAGAACCACUGAGCGGUUCGGCCGCCUUCGAUUACGGGAUAAGAAGCCACGCAGCGUGUACCAGAGGCUGCCCACUAUGCGCCAGAAGUUGGAGAUGGCGAAGAAGAGCGGUGACUACAAGACCGCGUAUAUCCUCUUGAAGAGAUGGCUGGACACGGUCAAGUGGCUGAAGAAAACUCAGGAUUACAAGGACCGCAAGUCCAUCUGUUCCACCAACAUGACCGUCGAUCAGAUAAAUGAAGUGAAAAACAUACUUGCAGACUCGAGGCAAAAGUUAGAGAUACGCUAUGAGCAUAGUUCCAGGAAGCACAACGACGCGGUGGAGAAAAUGGAGGUGGACGGGUAUUUGAUCGUCGACGUCAGGCAGAAGGCUCAUUAUGACGGUUCCAAAAUUACGUUCGACAAGUGCAUCAACAUUCCACAAUCGGAAAUUAAACCGGGAAAGCUGGGCUACAAGUUCGCGGACUGCUUUCACAAGGACAAGCAGUCAUUCGAUUUAUUUAAGCAUCGGUCGGCGCAGCACGUGGACGUAAUAAUUCUGGUGGACUGGAACACUACGCAGGAAACUUUGACGACCAGCACUUAUCUGAACAUACUGAAGGACAUUUUCGAGAAAUGUGAUCCCGGCACAAAGCAUAAGAUCAAGAUUCUCAACGGAGGCUACCAAGAGUGGUUGAUGACGUAUCCGACGUUUACAACGAAUUCCAAUGUGGCUGUGCCCGAGUUCAACGAUGUCGCGAACGCGCAACACUUUGAGAACCCAGACGCCACCCUGACGCGGAAAAUUGUUGUUAUUUAUAUGCGAAAUUAAUUUAGUUUACUAUAUUGCAAAUUGUUUUUAUUUUUUGCUUAUUGGCUUUUAUUAUAUUUGUGUGUAUUGUAUCUGUGCUUACUGACUUUGUUACACUUGCGUACACUUUUAUCUUAUUUCUGUUAUUACUUGUUAAUAAUAAUAUGUAUUGUAAUUUUGUUCCGCCGGGGCUCUCGGACCCGCGCGGGCCUCCUUCCCUUCCUCCCGCCGGGGCUCUCGGACCCGCGGGUCUCCUACCCUUCCAUCCUCGGGCGCGGUUUUAGUGUCACCGACUCGGCAGCAUGACCCACCCGUGGGGCAUUCUGCCCGGUCUCGACAGGGAUGCACGGCAUUUUGGACGAGCGCAGUCCGGGUAGGCGGGGGUGGUGGCCGAAUCUCCUGGGGGCAGGGGACGUAGGUCGUACAAAAUCACUCUUUUUAGCCGGGAGCGUGGAACUGGCGGAGAGUCCUGACGUAAUGCGCCUUUUAGUUCCAGGACUCUUUGUGAGCGGUUUGGUUGGUGGGAUAAAUAAAAAAAACUUACUU